AGGGUUCCCCGAAGGUUGGCGACCCACUUUUCCUCCCGUGCCACGUUUCUGCCCGAAAUUCGCCCUGCCUUUCCGGGCGGGCGGGCGCCCUGGGCUCUCUCUAUUGCGCUUCCCAGAAGUGGCGGGACGGGCGCGCCCUGGCUCUUCCUCCUCCUCCUCCUCCUGCUCCCCUAACGGGAAGUGUCUGCUCGGCAAGGCGGGGCCGAUCGAGGCUUCAGUGGCCGCUGGCUGGUUGUGGGCAGAGUCCUCUUCUCCCCGCCUCCGACGGCCGCGCCUUUCCUGCGAAUCCCGCUACCUGGCCGAGGACGCGGCGGGCUGGAGGGCGCAGACGGGGUACAAGCCCUGCCCCUGAGGGCGGGACGAGCGAGGCAGGGUAGGGCAGGGCAGGGUCGCCACUAGGUUGCCGGAUCUCCAGGCGGGCAGAUCAGAACCCAGAGAUCUGUGGUCGGGCGCUGGUGAACAGCUGGAAGCGAAGGGGCCCCCUCCCACCGCGAAGCGAAGCCCCGCCAUGGGCAGGCACGAGGCGUGGAGACCCCCCGGAUGGAGGUGCUCCUGGCACACGGCGUUCCUAGCAGCCUCUGUACUGAGUUCCUGCUUCCUGUUGACUCGAGCCCAGGAGACUGGAAUAAGUAUCAGAGUUGUUCCAGAAGCGCUGAAAGAAGGAGAUAGUGUCACCUUAACACCAGAAGGUCUUGAUCUGAAGAAGCUUGGUAACUGCAAAUGGUACCGAGGGAUAAUUGAAGAAAAAAACAUUAUUAUUACAUUUUUCCUAUCUCCUAGUGGUGAGACCAAGGGACCUGCCUACACUGGCAGGGAAACUGUGAAGCCAGAUUGCUCCCUUUACAUCACAAAUUUAAAGCCAGAUGACUCUGGAAUCUAUUCAUUUAAACCAGAAGGUCCUGGGGUUACCAGCACAGGGGCUACAAACAUCACCGUUUCAGAACAUCUCUCCAAGCCCAAGGUGCUUGUUUCCCCAUCCCCUUUCCUAACUGAGUUCGAGACUGCCAUUUUAACUUGCAACACCACGCCUAGAAUUGUCAGUGUCGCCUGGUUCUGGGAUGGAUUGCCUCUCAGGGAGAGCUCUCAGAUGCAGCUUUCCGAUGCUAAUCGGACUCUCACCAUCCACGGCAUAAACCGCAGCGAUGCUGGGGAAUAUCGCUGUCAAGUGUCCAACCCAGCCUACACUGAAAUGAGUGAUGCCGUAUACAUUUCAGUGUUCUGUGAGUAUCUGUCUCCAAGCGCCGUCCAUUGGACCUGUCCCGGUCUCUGCUUCUUCUCUGUCCUGUGGUAUCUUCUCCCGCCUCUACAUCUCUUCAGGUGCUUCGGUUUCGAAAAACUUCAUCUAUUUGCCUCAGUUGGACCCGGAACACCUGAGAUCCAGCCAAAUACAAGUGUUUACAAUGAGCAUUCUGACAUCCAGCUCACCUGCACAGCUAUUGGAGAGCCUGCUAUUGUCUAUACUUGGUUUAUCAAUGGGACAGAACAUUCUGUCGGAUCCCAACUGCUCAUCCGAGACAUUUCUGUGGAGCAGUCUGGGACGUAUCUCUGCAAGGCGGUGAAUAAAGUGACUCGUGACCAGAAAAACACCACCCUGGAAAUUGUGGUGGUGGGAGAGGUACGUAAUGUGACCAUUUCCGGCCCCUCUAAUGCCAAAGAAAACGACAGUGUCACUUUGAACUGCAAUUCUGCUGGCACCAAUGUUUCGUAUUACUGGCUGAAGGGAAGCCAGCUGAUUGAAGGAGGAGGUCAUAUCUCUUUAGACAACAACAACCAGAGGCUCAUUCUCAACCCAGUCACCAGGAACGAUGAGGCCAACUAUACCUGCUUUGGGAACAACAGCUUCUCUGAAAGUUCCAGUGAGCCACAUUGGCUGCAAAUCUUCUACGGGCCCGACAUCCCCAUAAUCGACCCUCAGGAGCCAGUUUAUAGAGACCAAUCCACCCUUAACCUCUCGUGUUCUGCCAACUCCAACCCACCUGCCCAUUAUUCUUGGUAUCAUAAUGAGAAACUUCUGGAAGCUCAGAACGAGUCCCAACUCCUGAUCUCGCAUCUUUCUCUAAAUGAUGCUGGCAAUUAUACUUGUAAUGCCACCAAUGAUGCCACCGGCCUUUUCAGCCACACCAGCCUGGAGAUCAGCGUCCUGGGAGAGGUACGUAAUGUGACCAUUUCCGGCCCUUCUAAUGCCAAAGAAAACGAUAGUGUCACUUUGAACUGCAAUGCUGCUGGCACCAAUGUUUCCUAUUACUGGCUGAAGGGAAGCCAGCUGAUUGAAGGAGGAGGUCAUAUCUCUUUAGACAACAACAACCAGAGGCUCAUUCUCAACCCAGUCACCAGGAAUGAUGAGGCCAACUACACCUGCUUUGGGAACAACAGCUUCUCUGAAAGUUCCAGUGAGCCACAUUGGCUGCAAAUCUUCUACGGGCCCGACAUCCCCACAAUCGACCCUCAAGAGCCAGUUUAUAGAGACCAAUCCACCCUUAACCUCUCGUGUUUUGCCAACUCCAACCCACCUGCCAAUUAUUCUUGGUAUCAUAAUGAGAAACUUCUGGAAGCUCAGAACGGGUCCCAACUCCUGAUCUCGCAUCUUUCUCUAAAUGAUGCCGGCACAUAUACUUGUAAUGCCACCAAUGAUGCCACCGGCCGUUUCAGCCACACCAGCCUGGAGAUCAGCGUCCUGGGAGAGGUACGUAAUGUGACCAUUUCCGGCCCUUCUAAUGCCAAAGAAAACGAUAGUGUCACUUUGAACUGCAAUGCUGCUGGCACCAAUGUUUCCUAUUACUGGCUGAAGGGAAGCCAGCUGAUUGAAGGAGGAGGUCAUAUCUCUUUAGACAACAACAACCAGAGGCUCAUUCUCAACCCAGUCACCAGGAAUGAUGAGGCCAACUACACCUGCUUUGGGAACAACAGCUUCUCUGAAAGUUCCAGUGAGCCACAUUGGCUGCAAAUCUUCUACGGGCCCGACAUCCCCACAAUCAACCCUCAGGAGCCAGUUUACAUAGAGGACUUCCCCCUUAACCUCUCGUGUUUUGCCAACUCCAACCCACCUGCCCAUUAUUCUUGGUAUCAUAAUGAGAAACUUCUGGAAGCUCAGAACGGGUCCCAACUCCUGAUCUCGCAUCUUUCUCUAAAUGAUGCUGGCAAUUAUACUUGUAAUGCCACCAAUGAUGCCACCGGCCGUUUCAGCCACACCAGCCUGGAGAUCAGCGUCCUGGGUGAGUAUGCUGCUGGCACCAAUGUUUCAUAUUACUGGCUGAAGGGAAGCCAGCUGAUUGAAGGAGGAGGUCAUAUCUCUUUAGACAACAACAACCAGAGGCUCAUUCUCAACCCAGUCACCAGGAAUGAUGAGGCCAACUACACCUGCUUUGGGAACAACAGCUUCUCUGAAAGUUCCAACGGGCCCGACAUCCCCACAAUCGACCCUCAAGAGCCAGUUUAUAGAGACCAAUCCACCCUUAACCUCUCGUGUUUUGCCAACUCCAACCCACCUGCCAAUUAUUCUUGGUAUCAUAAUGAGAAACUUCUGGAAGCUCAGAACGGGUCCCAACUCCUGAUCUCGCAUCUUUCUCUAAAUGAUGCCGGCACAUAUACUUGUAAUGCCACCAAUGAUGCCACCGGCCGUUUCAGCCACACCAGCCUGGAGAUCAGCGUCCUGGGAGAGGUACGUAAUGUGACCAUUUCCGGCCCUUCUAAUGCCAAAGAAAACGAUAGUGUCACUUUGAACUGCAAUGCUGCUGGCACCAAUGUUUCCUAUUACUGGCUGAAGGGAAGCCAGCUGAUUGAAGGAGGAGGUCAUAUCUCUUUAGACAACAACAACCAGAGGCUCAUUCUCAACCCAGUCACCAGGAAUGAUGAGGCCAACUACACCUGCUUUGGGAACAACAGCUUCUCUGAAAGUUCCAACGGGCCCGACAUCCCCACAAUCAACCCUCAGGAGCCAGUUUACAUAGAGGACUUCCCCCUUAACCUCUCGUGUUUUGCCAACUCCAACCCACCUGCCCAUUAUUCUUGGUAUCAUAAUGAGAAACUUCUGGAAGCUCAGAACGGGUCCCAACUCCUGAUCUCGCAUCUUUCUCUAAAUGAUGCUGGCAAUUAUACUUGUAAUGCCACCAAUGAUGCCACCGGCCGUUUCAGCCACACCAGCCUGGAGAUCAGCGUCCUGGGAGAGGUACGUAAUGUGACCAUUUCCGGCCCCUCUAAUGCCAAAGAAAACGAUAGUGUCACUUUGAACUGCAGUGCUGCUGGCACCAAUGUUUCAUAUUACUGGCUGAAGGGAAGCCAGCUGAUUGAAGGAGGAGGUCAUAUCUCUUUAGACAACAACAACCAGAGGCUCAUUCUCAACCCAGUCACCAGGAAUGAUGAGGCCAACUACACCUGCUUUGGGAACAACAGCUUCUCUGAAAGUUCCAACGGGCCCGACAUCCCCACAAUCGACCCUCAGGAGCCAGUUUACAUAGAGGACUUCCCCCUUAACCUCUCGUGUUCUGCCAACUCCAACCCACCUGCCCAUUAUUCUUGGUAUCAUAAUGAGAAACUUCUGGAAGCUCAGAACGAGUCCCAACUCCUGAUCUCGCAUCUUUCUCUAAAUGAUGCUGGCAAUUAUACUUGUAAUGCCACCAAUGAUGCCACCGGCCUUUUCAGCCACACCAGCCUGGAGAUCAGCGUCCUGGGAGAGGUACGUAAUGUGACCAUUUCCGGCCCCUCUAAUGCCAAAGAAAACGAUAGUAUCACUUUGAACUGCAAUGCUGCUGGCACCAAUGUUUCGUAUUACUGGCUGAAGGGAAGCCAGCUGAUUGAAGGAGGAGGUCAUAUCUCUUUAGACAACAACAACCAGAGGCUCAUUCUCAACCCAGUCACCAGGAAUGAUGAGGCCAACUACACCUGCUUUGGGAACAACAGCUUCUCUGAAAAUUCCACCUUUCCAACAUGUGGUUUUCCUAUAUUUACUUCAGACGGGCCUGACAACCCCACAAUCGACCCUCAGGACCCAGUUUACAGAGAGCAAUCCACCCUUAACCUCUCAUGUUCUGCCAACUCCAACCCACCUGCCAAUUAUUCUUGGUAUCAUAAUGAGAAACUUCUGGAAGCUCAGAACGAGUCCCAACUCCUGAUCUCGCAUCUUUCUCUAAAUGAUGCUGGCACAUAUACUUGUAAUGCCACCAAUGAUGCCACCGGCCUUUUCAGCCACACCAGCCUGGAGAUCAGCGUCCUGGGAUAUGUCACUAAUAUCACCAUCAGUGACUCUGGCAAGGCCAUCGAGAAUAGCAUCACAGUUCUGAACUGCACCUCCGCAGGCACUAACGUUUCCUACUCUUGGUUAAGAGGGAACGUGAGCCUGGUGGUUGGAGAGCGCAUUUCUCUGAGCAACAACAACCAGGUCCUCACAUUCAAUCCAACGAGCCGGAAUGACUCGGACAGCUACAGCUGCUAUGGAUAUAACAGCUUCUCUAAUGACAGCACCUCAUACUUGCUGAAUGUUUUGUAUGGGCCUGAUGUCCCUGAAAUUGGCCCCAGUGAGCACUAUUACGCAGAGGGCUCCAACCUCACUCUCUCCUGCACUGCUGACUCCAACCCAGCUGCGCAAUACACCUGGAGUUUCAAUGAGACAUCAGACAUAGGGUCCGCCUCCCAGCUUUCUAUCCACAAUCUGCAGUUCCACCACAGUGGGAAUUACACCUGCAAGGCUUUCAACAAUGAAACCAAUGCUAGCUCCACCUCCGCAAGCCGGGAGAUCUGGGUACUAGCGGAGGUUUCUGACGUUACCAUUAUGGGUCUGUCGGAAGCCAUUGAGAACGAGUCGCUGAUUCUGACUUGCACCUCUGUUGGCAGUGAAGUCUCUUACUAUUGGUUCAGAGGGAAUCAGAGCCUGGAGGAUGGAGGGCAUAUAUCUCUGAGUCAUGAUAACCAAAACCUCACAAUAAACCUGGUCAGCCGGUCUGAUGCAGGUUCCUACACCUGCCUUGGAGUCAACAGAAUCAGCAAUAACACCAGUACCCCCUUCGAACUGACAGUGUUCUAUGGGCCUGAUGAUCCUGUAAUCAGCCCCAAAAUCAAUACUUACCGUACGGGAUCCAGCCUCAACCUCAGCUGCAGUGCCGACUCCCACCCGCCGCCUCAGUACACUUGGAUUUUUAAAGAGGGAAUAAUUGGGAACACCUCUGAGCUGUUGAUCCUGAAUCUGUCUCUCAACGACACUGGGGAUUAUACCUGCAGUGCUUUCAAUGUUGAGACUAAUCUCAGCAAAAGUGCAAGCCUCCUUGUUGAGGUGUAUGAAACCCUCUCCAAUCCAGUCCUGUGGCCUGCAGAAGCCAUAGUGGCAGAGAACGCAAACGUCUCCUUGCAGUGUAACACCUCCAACAGCCUCGAUGUCAACGUCACCUGGUUCAAGGGCAGUAACCCUGUCCCAGAUAAGGCUGUGCUUUUCGACAGGAACCGAACCCUCACUCUAACUGCCGUCUCCAAAGAUGAGGAAGGGAUGUAUACAUGUAAAGCUACCAACCCUGUCAGCAAUGCCACAAGCAACCCCAGUAAGAUUAGCUUGGCAUAUGGGCCAAAUAACGUUAAGCUGAACCAAACAGGAACCGUAACUCUAAAACUAGGUUCCCGUUUGGCUCUGCUGUGUACUGCAGAGUCCCUACCCGAAGCCCAGUUUCGGUGGUUUUUCAAUCAUACUAAUAUGAAUGUGACGGCGAACACCUUCAACACAGACUUAACAGCCUGGGAAGAUGGAGGCAAUUACACCUGCCAGGCUUACAACAGCGUCAUUGAGAAGCUGGCCUCAGCAUCUGUCAAUGUGAAAUUGACAACGCAGGAAUCAACUCCACCAGGUUCGGGUCUCAGUCCAGGACAAAUUGUUGGAAUUGUCAUAGGUUGUGUGCUUGGAGUAGCACUCAUUGGAGGUCUGGGCUAUUUCCUGUUCACCAAGACUGCCUUGGGGAGGACGGAACAACACUCAUCUAAUGGAAACAUACCCUCAGCUCCCGGCCGCAACCAGGGCGUCACUGACACCAAACCCACACCGGGUGAAGAGGACAUACAAUAUUCAACACUAGCCUUCAAGGCCAACCACCCUCCUCAGCCACAGCCAGCGGCCGCCCGGCCUUUGGAAAGCAACAUAAUAUACUCAGAAAUCAAGAAGAAAUGAUCAGAGAUGAAUCUCCCCUAAUGGGCUCACCAGUGCAAACAUCCCCUAUGACUCACCUCUGCUUCAUUUGCCUGGAUUUUAUUUUGGUUGGGGGGGGGUUAAAAAACUGUUGCCUCUUCUGAAGAUAAGACUAUCAGUCCCUCCCUUACACACACACACACACACACACACACACACACACACACUCACUCACACACACACACACCACUCAAAUGGUUCUCUACCAACCUGAGCUGAAAACAAAAAAAGCAGAAGUUUGUCUCCACGCCCUGCCACCUUCUGUAAUUGAGGGUAGGGUUUGGAAUGGAACCAAACCAUUUGAAAGCAGGCCUUUCUUCCACCCACCCUGCCGUGGCUGGCAUGCAUGACAAGAGGGAGGCCGUUUCAUCCUCGGAUCUGUGUGGGGACAAACGAGAAACAUUUUAGAUACCUCUUUUCCCUUUCACUCUCUCUCUCUCUUCCCAUCCUGCUAUCGUUUCGCUUCCUGGCUGUGCCAAACCUCCCUUCUUUCUCCUGUCCCUCGGGUUGUGGUGUCGCUAGGCAGCGGUGUGGCUGCUGCUCCCUCAGGCCUACCCCAGACACCACAAGCCCUCCCUGAGGGAGAAGGAUUCCAGGCACCGGCGAAGAAAGCGCUCGAUAUCCGGGAAAGUGUGCACUGGGAAACAGGCUGGUGUGGCAGCUGUGUCCAGGGCCAGCCUGGACUGGAGAGGACCUUUGCUCCUGAUGCCUCCAUCUGACUCCAGAUGCUUCUGAGCUUAUUCUUUUUUGAGGAGGCAUAAAAACUUGCUUGGGGGUCAGGCCAGACCCGUGGACCCCUCUUACUGUCCAGAAUGAACUGGCAACAUCUCAACAAGACAGCAACACCCCUUGCCCUGCAGUCUGGCUUUUGGCUUCAGCUAUUCUUUUGCUCAUGUGAAUUUGAAAGUGCUCUAUGUGUGGAUAUGGAACUUGGGGUGACGUGUGGGUGGGAGGGGGGGAUUUGUGCUGGCAAAGCCAUAAUUAUUUCCCCUCUGC